AUGGCGUACAACAAGUCCUACAAUCCUGAUGCGCUUCCAGCGCAUGCUGAACCAGAACAACCCCGCGACACCACGCUGAUGACGAUCCACAAUCAGGUCGCUCAAAUGAUCGGGGCCAUGCAAGGACCCUCGCAUCAACAGAGACCCCCUCGAACAUCUUCCCAUCCUCCCUCCAGCGGUGUACCACCACAGCGCGUUCCGACCACCACCGCCCAGAUCAACAAGCCGCUACCAGCCACCGCGGCGCCAACGGGCCAUUCCCGUCCACAUCCUCUUCAUCCAUCGCCCCCUCCUCAGAACUAUGGAUUCGGGCCUCCCCCCUCGCAGCCCGUUCGCAAUCGUCCUCCUCCCUCCUCGCGUCCCCCGCAGUCCCCGCAGCCACCCCCCUUAUCCGCCCCCACCGACGACCCCCAGCAGCUCUUCCCCCUGUUCCGCGCCGCCAAUGCCUCGCACUCGGGCGCCCUCACCGAGAUGGAGCUGGGUUCUGCCCUGGUGAACGGCGACUAUACCUCCUUUCAUCCUAGGACGGUCAAGAUGAUGAUCCGGAUGUUCGACCGCAAUAGUAGCGGGUCGAUCUCAUUCGACGAGUUCGUGGCGCUGUGGCGCUUCCUUGCGGCGUGGCGGGAGCUCUUUGAUCGGUUUGACGAGGAUCGCAGCGGGCGCAUCAGUCUACAGGAGUUCGAGAAGGCGCUGGUCGCGUUCGGAUACCGGCUCAGCCAGCCUUUUGUCUCGGUGCUCUUCACUACAUUUGAGAGUAAGGGGCGGCAGAUGAAUGGGGGCCAUGCGAUGGGGCCGGCGAAGAUGGGGAUGAGCUUUGACCUGUUUGUGCAGGCGUGUAUUGGUCUCCGACGGAUGACGGACGUGUUCAAGCGAUAUGAUGAGGAUCGGGACGGGUAUAUCACCGUGAGCUUCGAGGAGUUUUUGACUGGUAAGUCAAUGAUGCAGCAUGCAGCCAGAGAGGUAUAUGUGAAAGAACUGACGUGGUGUUUUGCAGAGAUCUUACAGCUACAGGACUAG